CUUCCUGAGAGAGAGAGAGAGAGAGAGAGAGAGAGAGAGAGAGAGGUAAAGACGUGAUGGCUGAAGACAUUAAGCAGAAGCUUCAGCAGUAUCGCACUGCCCCGUUCGAUGCCCGUUUCCCGAACCAGAACCAGACCAGGAACUGCUGGCAGAACUAUGUGGAUUACCACAGAUGCAAUAAAGCCAUGGAGGCCAGAGGGGCCGACGUGACUCCCUGUGACUGGUACAAGAGGGUGUAUCAAUCACUCUGCCCCAUUUCCUGGAUCGAGAAGUGGGACUCACAGCGUGACGAUGGAACUUUCGCAGGAAAGAUCUGAAGAUCUGUCCAACCUCUUCCUCAUUAUCACAACAGGAACCUUAAACGUUUGUUUAUAUUUAUAUAGGAUGUGACUCUGUUCACCUGCCUAGUGGGACCUAACUUUUAUUUACCAUGAUGCACCUGUGGACCAGCAGGACGGGGUGGAUCUGUAAUGUAAAUUAAAUUACAGUGAAGUCUUUGUCUUGCAGCUUUCUGUAAUAAAGCACUCAGGCCUUGUAACACAA